AUGAUGACUAUUAACGAAGAUGCACAAGAACCACAAUAUUUGGCACAACAUUAUGGUAAUGAUUAUAGCCCAUAUCGUCCUGUUACUCCUGUAUAUAAAUCAGAUGUGCUUAGCGGUUCUUAUCAAGAUUCAAUAGUGGUAACUGUGAAAGGGGUGAAGAUAGAAUUAUUGAGAAUCCUAACCAUCUUCACAACAAUUGAUUUAUCAAGCAACCAAUUCCAAGGAGAGAUCCCAGAUGCACUUGGAAGACUUAAAUUUCUCCGAUUGCUCAACAUUUCCCAUAACAACCUAACCGGCCAUAUCCCAUCAACGUUGGGAAAUUUAUUAGCACUAGAAGCAUUGGAUCUCUCUUCAAAUAAGCUCAUUGGUGAAAUUCCUAAGCAAUUGACACUACUAACAUUUUUGGCCAUGUUAAAUCUUUCACAAAACCAGCUUAUUGGACCCAUACCUCAAGGCAAACAAUUCAAUACAUUUGGUAACGAAUCAUAUGAUGGGAACUCGGGAUUGUGCGGAUUUCCAUUGUCAAUUAAAUGUAGCACUAAUGAGCCACCAGCAACAAUAUUCCUAGAAGACAAUGAUUCAACGUUUGCCAAAGGAUUUCAUUGGAAGGCCGUGUUGAUUGGCUACGGAUGUGGAUUUGUGUUUGGAUUAGUUGUGGGAUAUGUUGUGUUUAAAACAAGAAAACCCCAAUGGAUUUUAAGGUUGAUUGAAGGAGAACGAGAGGGAAGGGUGACAGGGCGUAUCAACCAAAGACCCAAGCGAAGAAGACGUUAAUGCCACAUGGAUUAAUACUGUGCUAUGGAUUAAUGUGUGCUCUUAGGUACUGUUGGAAGUGAUGAGGACCCUAUUAUCUACUAUGAGUUGAAGAAGAUUACGUGCUUUGACUUACAACUGUUCAUUAGAAUGUUGGGUAUUAAGGAGUUGAUCAUGCUUAUAUGAAUUAUGGUGUUGUUUUCCUAUUCAUCUAAUAAUAAUGCUCAGAUUUCACGUAUGUAUUUGAGGUUGAGGGUAUUCUUUGUGUUUGUUUUAAAAUUGUAUCAUGUCUUGGACUUAGUUUUGAGGCUAGUGUUGUGCUCAGUUGGCUUGUACUUAUUGGAGGUUAUUUCGUGUGUUCA